AUGGAGGAGCGGAGCCCCGACAGGGACGCAUGUGCGGCGUGCCUGUCGGCCGCCGGAAACGCACACGCCGAGCACCCGUUGCGCCGUAUGGUGCUGGGGCCGCUCCCCGCCGAGCUCGUCUCGUCCUCGACGCUGCUCGAGACGGCGCGACGUAAAAACAUACCGAUCGACGUCGACGAGGAGGGCGGCGUGGCGACGCUGCGCAGCCGCUCGGGCGAGUUUAGCGGCCCAGGGCGGCGCACGCGCGCCUUCUUUGGCCUGAGCCCCCGUCCGCCGAGUGUGCAGCGCUCGGCGUCGCUGCGGCGCGUGCUGAGCACCGGCUCGCUGUCGGACGCGUUUACACGGCGCGUGCCGCCCGAUGUGCCCGAGUCGCUCGCCGGCACGCAGCCUUCGCCCGGCGCGCCGCCGUCGAUGACCGAGUCGCCGGAGCGCGAUCCGUCGCUCCUGAUGCCACACGAGCCGUCGCGGCAGAUGCGCCGCGACAUGACGCCGCACCGCGGGCGCGUACGGAGCAUGUCGGGCUCCUCGGUCUUUUCCGACGGCCAGACGGCACGCUACCGAACAUACCUGCAGCGGCGGCAGCCCCAGUCGCCGUUCCGCCACGGCUCCGACCCGCUGCGCACCGUGUCGUACUUUUCGUCGCACAGUGCGCCGCCCCCGGUCGCUUCGUACAGAAGCCCAGACUACCGCUGGCUCGAUGCAAAUACCCGCCAGGAACUCGAGCAAGAGGUCUCGGUCAUCGCGGGGCAUCACCGCAUGGUCGGCCAGUCAUUCGAGGUAGGGUCCAUUUUUUGGGAGGCGCUCCAGGCGGACACGGCGCGCCCCGAGACGCCGUUUGUGCGGUCGCCGUCGCAGCGCGCGCGCCCGCGGCGCGCAUGGUCGCUUUCCCGGGAGCGGGGGUCGCCCGCCAAGGGUGGGCGCACACGCGCCGCGACCUUUGGCUCGAUUAGCAAGGACCGCGUACGAGGCGACGGUUUUGGGCCGAUGCACGCAGGCGCCUGGGAGGGCGUCUCGCCCCGCGAAGUGCCGGUUCCGAACGAGCUCACGACGCCGGGCACGACGCCGCUCAAGGUCGAGAAGCCGGACCCCCUCACCAAGGUGUGGCCGGUGCAGACGCCGCUCGUCCAGCACCCGGACAUUAAGGUGCAGCACCGCGACCCAGAAGCAGGCCUCGCGAUGGUCUCGGAGGAAGACGCGGGAAUCUCGUCGCGGAAAACAAGCCAAGAGACGUCGCGCGACGCACACGAGAGCCCGCGCACGUCGAUGCACUCGUGCACGUCGAUCCACUCCGAUCCUACUCAUUCUGUAUAUAACCAGGCGCCCGAGUCGCCUGCAGCGCCGAGCGCGGCCGGCGGCGGCGACGUCCCUACGCUUGCUUUGCCCGAAAGCGACGCGCGUGCCGACGCGCGUGCCCUUACGCUGCCCGACGCGAGCGGCCCGGCGGAUGCGCCUGCGGUGCACGAACGGCCCCCCAAUAAACUAGGCGAGCCCCAUGCGUGGCAUCUCCAGCCGCGGCGCCCGCCUGCCGACCGGCCGCGCCCCAUUCUCGUGCCCAGCGGCACGCACUACGAAGGACGGAGCUUGCACUACCAGGACCCCCCCACCGCCGACACGAUCGAGAGCCGCGAUGGCUGGGACGCGACGCGCAAGAGCCUUCAGGAAAGUACGCCGAAAGUACCGGCGAUUCCGCGGCGCUCGCGCGUGAUGCAAAUGCUCGAAGACGAGCUGCAGACGUCGAUGAAGCAGCGUGGCCGCGGUGCCGAUCUGCAUGCGCCGAGGGACCAAGCGGCGCUGCCUGCAUCGCAAGAAGAGCACGAGUCGCUGCAGGCCACGCGCGAGGUGCCGCCGGUGCCGCCUGCGCCUGCGCCUGCGCCCCGUCCUCCGUCGAGCAUCGUGUCGCGUGAGUCCGAGUCCGCGUCGCUCGUGUCGAUCCCGGCGGAUGCCGAUGGCACGUCUGCGGCGCCGCUCCUGCCGUCGUCGGCGUCUGGGCGCUCGUCACGCUCGCGGCACUCGUCGCGAUCGACGCGCCUCCCUGCUCUGUCGCGUCUGGAGCCGAAGCAGCUCCUGAAAAAGGUGCGGCCGCGCAGUGGCCGCAAGGUUUCGUUUGCCCCGACGGCGACCGUGCGCUCGUCGCCGGACGUGAGCACGCCGUCGCUGCUGAGUGUCCCUGAAGACGAGAUUGCGUCGCACCUCGCCGCGCGGGGCGAGUCGGUGCCGGUCGGCCAAGGCGACAAGUCGCCCGCGCCGGUCGACGAAGUCUUGUCGCGCGAGACGGAGCCGCCGCUUCCGAAUGCGCCUGCGCGCCGCCUGCUGAUGCGGCGCGCCGAGGAGCGCUCGGCGCCGCUGCGUACCGUGCUGAGCCCCGUGCUGAAGCGCGACCGGAUGCUGGUCAAGGUGCAGCACACGCCCGACGUCGGCGUGUCCGAGACGUACGACACGCUCGAGGCACGCAAGCACGAUGUGCGUUCCUUUCACUGGGCCGAGUACAUGGUCGUCCUGCGCCCCGGGCGCCUCGAGCUAUGGAGCGAAGCGACCAUCCGCGGCCGCCUGCUGGGCGAUACCGAGCUGCUAAAGCUGCGGCACGUUGCGCUCCUUGAAAAAGGGACGACGUACCUGUCGCAGUACAGCGAUAUCGACAAUCUCUUUUGUCUGACCUUUCCACGGAGCGUGCACAAGCAGUCCCGUACGACACCGACCCGUCUCUUUCGGCGUACCGGCACGGUGAUUCUCCUGUUUGAUGCACGCACGAUGACGACGGCCGCCGACUGGAUGUGGAUCCUCUAUCGCGAGCUCGGCGGCGCGCCGCCGCCGCACCUCUUUGUGCACAUUCCCGAGCUAUCGGUGCGUGUGCGUGUGCCGGUGCCGGACCUGCCGUCAUUCAGCGCGAUGUCGGAUACCAUCAAAGCCUCGCUCGACCGCCCUGCCGCGGAUGCGCGCCUGCUGCACUACAGCCAGAUGUCGCACACCGAGGUGGUGCGUGGCGUGCUGCGCCUCGUCAAGGCGAUGCCCAACUGGGCGUGGCUCUCGGAGCGCAUGAUGGCGCGCGGCCUCAAGCCGCAGCUUGCGUGGCGUAGCGGCACGACGCUGAACUGGGUCAAAGACGAAAUUACCGUCGACGGCUUCCCGCGUUUCUGGUCGGUGCUGGUGGGUGGCCUUUUCAAGUCGCAGCGGCGCCUGCCUACGCUCGAGCUCGUGACCAAUCUGCACUACCCCACCGAAGCGCUGCACCCCAACGGCACGCGCCUGGAAGAGCCGCCGGCGAUCGAGGGUAUCGUGUGGCGCCUGCGCCCCGUGUCUGGUCUCAUGUCGCGCGUCUACUUUUCGACGCAAGAAAGUACGCUUUUCCUCACGCGCGAGUCGCGUGCCUUUCCCCCCGACGAGUUUUCCGGUCUGCCGCUCGACGCCGAGCUCGAGACGCCGUCCAUGACGCGCAAAGAGAAGCUCGAGCAGCACGCCACCGCCUUCCACGCGCACGAGAUCGUCCGGCAGCAGCUCCAGAUCCGGUACUGCGAAGGCUUUGUGGAUCUGGGCGAAGUGCAGGCGAUUGCAAGCGUCGGUACCGGCGUGACGCUCUGCACGGACCUGUCGCCGACGACGGUCGAGAUGGCCGCGCAGUUCCGCAUGGACGCGGCGCCGGUGUCCGUCGCCGCACACACCCAUUCGGUGUACGACUACAACGGGACGCGCGAGCAGAUCGAUGCCCUGCUGCGUUUCCCCGAGAACGACGGCGGCGUGGGCGAUGAAGGCCUGCACGAUGCCUCGGACAGGAAUCGGGUGCACGCGCUUCGCCAGGUCGACCUAUUGCUCGCCAAUGGCCGUCGCGUGUCGUUCGAGUGUAUUUCUGCGGAACUUGCGCACGAGUGGAUUGUGCGUCUGUUCCAGCUUGCGAUCUACUGGAACUGCCGCCGGAAGACGGAUACGUGGAUGAUGAGCAGCGUCGGGCAGGCGAAGCCGACGCGCGCGCACGUCCUGCCCGGCGCCCUCGGCAAGCACGCGGACGAGAUUGCCUCGCUCUCGCUGCGCUACCUGUGGAACUGGUGCGUGAUGGACGGGUGCCGUGCGGUGCGCUACAGCGGCCGCCUAUUCUGGAAGACGCAGCGGAGCCACAACUUUACGAACCGUUAUUUUGCGCUGUGUGGCGGCGCGCUCGUUCCGUUCAAAAUGAUGCUCUCGAUGCGCAGCGCGACGUCCCGCCAGAACGAGGGCGUGCUGUACAAGCGCCUCGAGCCGCCGAUUCUGCUGCGCGAUGCGUACGUCUACACCGGACGCAUCAGCGACCGCGCGACGGACCUGCCGUUUGACGAAGGCGGCCCGGCGCGCCGCGGCCCGUCGCAGCGCGCCGGCACGCAGCAGCUGCCCCGCCUCUUUCGCGACGGCCUCAGCUCGUACGACGAGGACGAGGACUGUAUCUUUGUCUUGCGCGUGCGCACCUCGAACGACUCGCUCUCUGCGAACCAAAACGCGUACCGCCUGCGCCACAAAGGGCCGACCGACACGGGCGAGUUUAUUCCCGGCCUGGCCGACAAGAUGUUUAGCGAGAUUUUGUUCCGCGCCCGCACGGUCGUCGAGCGCGAUCUAUGGGUACGAGCGAUCUCCAUCGAGAUCGAGAACCUGGCGCGGACUGAGCCUGCGCGCGAGGAGCGCGUGCGUGCACGCGGCCAGGUGUUUUAG